AUGGCUUCCUCAUUCUUCAAUAAUAAGGCCCAUGCCGCCGCCGUUGCAGCAUCCAGCAGCUCCAAGGCCAAGGCUGGCGACAACAAGGAAGACUCGGCUCGUCUCCAGCCAUGGGUUGAGAAAUAUCGCCCCAAGACCCUAGACGAUGUCGCCGCGCAAGACCACACAACAAAAGUCCUCCAGCGCACCCUGCAAGCUUCCAACCUCCCCCACAUGCUCUUCUACGGACCCCCAGGAACAGGAAAAACAUCUACUAUCCUCGCUCUAGCCAAAUCCCUCUUCGGACCCGCCCUUUACCGCUCCCGCAUCUUGGAACUGAACGCCUCCGACGAGCGCGGCAUCGGCAUCGUCCGCGACAAAGUAAAGAACUUUGCCCGAGCCCAGCUCUCCCAACCAACAGGCCUAGACGCCGCCUACCGCGCCCAAUACCCAUGCCCACCCUUCAAAAUCAUCAUCCUGGACGAAGCCGAUAGCAUGACACAAGAUGCGCAGUCUGCGCUGCGCCGCACGAUGGAGCAGUACAGUCGCAUUACGCGUUUCUGUCUGGUGUGCAACUAUGUCACGCGCAUUAUUGAGCCGCUUGCUAGUCGGUGCAGUAAGUUCCGCUUCAAGAUGCUGGAUAAUAGUGCGGCUGGGUCGCGGAUUGCGGGCAUUGCUGAGGCUGAGGGACUGACACUUGAUGAUGGGGUUAUUGAUACGCUUAUUCGGUGUGGUGAGGGUGAUUUGCGUCGUGCUAUUACUUAUUUGCAGAGUGCGGCGCGGUUGGUUGGUGCUACUAAACCUGCUGCCGGUAAAAAUGGCGAUGAUGAUGCUGAGAUGACUGACGCUGGGAGUGAGAGUCACAUUAUUACUGUGCGGAGUAUUGAGGAGAUUGCUGGUGUUGUGCCUGAGAGUAUUCUUGAUUCCCUUGUGCAGGCUAUGGAGCCUAAGAAGGGUGUAUCGUCUUAUGAAGCUGUUUCUGGUGUUGUUACGGAUCUUGUUGCUGAUGGGUGGAGUGCUACUCAGCUUCUUAGUCAGCUCUACCGGCGUGUUGUCUUCAGCGAGGCAAUCCCCGAUAUUCAAAAGAAUAAGAUCGUCAUGCUCUUCUCCGAGAUGGAUAAGCGCUUGGUCGACGGAUCUGACGAGCACUUGUCCAUGCUGGAUCUGGCACUGCGGAUUUCCGGUAUCCUGAGUGGAAAUUGA